AUGCAGCAAGUAUAAAAGUAAGAAUACUUUACUUCUCGAAAAUUGUAAAAUUUCAAAUAUUUUGCCAAAGGAAAGUUUUUCCAUCACUGAACAAUUUUUUUUCGUGAUCAGAUCAAUCAUGAUCUUGAAAAUUGAAAUCUCCUCUUUAUAUGUGGGAAAGAUAGAAAUUCUUAUAAUUAUUCCAUGAUACUAUUUGCAAUCCGGUCUAGAUACACAAAGGAGAAUUUUAAUAUUUAGAUUGGCUUACAGGUUAUGUAGCUUUUGAUUUGGUAUCGUUUUCUAACUAGUAAUAUUUGGAAAUAUUAACAUUCAUAUAUUAAUAGGAUAAAAUAGGUAAAAAGUUCUCAAACCUUAAAGAAUUGGAAAUGAAUAUGGCUGAUGAAUGGAGAGGAAAAUCAAUUGCAGUUGAUGACAAUACAUUUCUACUGCUCAUCAUAUUUACUUCUUUCUUCAAAGAUGAUUACAAUAAAACCGAAUUGGAUUUCAAGAUUAUAGCAAAUGAAUAUAGUGUCAAAUUCAUAGUUCCUAACCUUCAUGAAAAUCCCGCGCUGAUAUUUUCAAAGUCACGUCGCUUCCGGUGUAAAUCCAGCUUCAUAUUAACUCUAUUUGACUCUAUUUAUGAGCAGAGUUUAACAACAAGACAAAGUUCAGACAGUUCGAUUUCUUUACAAAUAAAACGACCUACGUAUUCGGGAAAGGCCAACAAUAUUGAUCAAAAGCUAUCAAACGUUUGUCUAAUUCCUAUCUCGAAUCCACGAAACCAAUUAAAGAAAAAAAUUUAUUACGACGUUCAUGAUGAAAGUAAAAUCGGGAGCAAAUUAUACAAAUACGUUCCUGGAACUUAUCGAUCCGGUCGCAAGCUGAGCUUUCUUUGGUUAAAUCUGACGUCGCAGGCGACAGCUGAUAGGCAGAGUUCAACUGUGGACGAUCCCUAUUGGUCAACGAGCCGGUAUAAACGAUGCUUUCACGGUGAUCUGUUCCAGUUGUGUUAUUAUCCACUCACUGUACACUUGGUAAGUACAUUCUCUUCGAAAUAUCAUUGUUUUCUUAUUCAAACGAUAUUUAUUUUUUCAAGGUAUUCAAGUUAUAUUUUUUAGUAAUUAUAUAUAACAACUUUUCUCAAUUUGCAGCUAUUUCACUAUAGUUUCUUUUUUUUUUUUAAUAAGCUUUAUUUUAUUAGUAAACUGCAGUGA